AUGUCGUCGUUGGAGCAGAGGCUGUCGCGAAUUGAGGAGAAGCUAAAGCAGGAGAAUGAAGAAGCCCGCCGGAGAAUCGACCUCAACAUCGACAUGAGUCCACAGCGAUCACGUCCGAGGCCGAUCAUCGUGAUCCAGCUCAGUCCUGCUCCAGCCCCCUCCCAGCGUGCAGCGCUCCAGCUGCCCCUGGCCAACGAUGGAGGCAGCCGCUCGUCAUCUUCAGAGAGCUCGCCUCAGCAUCACCCCUAUCCCAGCCGCCCACGACACAUGCUCACUCUGCCCACGCCUCCAUACGGCAUACAGAAGAGCCUCGAGAACGUGGAGAUUGACCAGAAGCUGCAGGAGAUCAUGAAGCAGACGGGUUAUCUGAAGAUUGACGGACAGAGGUAUCCAGCAGAAGUAACAGACCUCAUCAGUGAGGGAGAGAUCGGCAGUGGGACAUGUGGACAGGUUUUCAAAGUCCGAUUCAAGAAGACGGGCCACGUCAUAGCUGUGAAACAAAUGCGUCGUACGGGAAACAAGGACGAGAACAAGAGGAUCCUGAUGGACUUGGAUGUGGUGCUGAAAAGCCAUGACUGUCCUUACAUCAUCCAGUGCUACGGUGCCAUUGUCACUAAUACUGAUGUAUUCAUUGCAAUGGAGUUGAUGGGAACAUGUGCAGAGAAGCUGAAGAAGAGAAUUCAGGGUCCUAUUCCCGAGCGAAUCCUUGGAAAGAUGACGGUUGCAAUCGUGAAAGCAUUGUUGUACCUGAAAGAGAAACACGGAGUCAUCCAUCGAGACGUCAAACCCUCCAACAUCCUCAUCGAUGCUAAAGGUCAGAUCAAACUAUGCGACUUCGGCAUCAGCGGUCGUCUCGUCGACUCCAAGGCGAAGACUCGCAGUGCUGGCUGUGCUGCCUACAUGGCGCCUGAACGAAUAGAUCCUCCUGAUCCCACCAAACCUGACUACGACAUCAGAGCAGACGUGUGGAGCCUUGGCAUCUCUCUGGUGGAGCUGGCCACAGGUCAGUUUCCUUACAAGAACUGCAAGACAGACUUUGAGGUUCUGACCAAAGUGCUGCAGGAAGAUCCUCCCGUCUUACCUGUCGGCAUGGGUUUCUCCCCUGACUUUCAGUCCUUCGUCAAAGAUUGCCUCACAAAGGAUCACAGAAAAAGGCCAAAAUACCAUCAGCUGCUGGAGCAUAGCUUCAUCCGACGUUACGAAGUGCUGGAGGUGGAUGUGGCUGGUUGGUUUCAGACAGUGAUGGAUCGCACCGAGUCUCCCCGCAGCAGCCAGUGUUACAGCCAUCAGCACAUGCUCCACUCGCUCUUCAGUAGGUAGCCUAGUCUCCGUCAGCGCGGUGUUAGCUUCGCCAGACGCUACACCCAGCUCCAGACCCAUCCCGCCUGUCUAUCUGUCCACCAGAAAAGCUGAAGAGGAGACGCUCAGUGGAGGACUCUAAAUGAGCAGAUGGACGGAUGGACGGAGGUGCACUGACAGAUGGACAGAUAGAUGAUACCAAGUUGGCUUCUUUAGUAAAUGUAGGACUGGCAGACAGGGAACAGCAGAGUUCAGAUACCCUCAUGUAUUCACACGUUUAUCAUAUCACAGCGUGUUCAACAGGUCAUGCUUACUGCCCUGUUACCGCCUGUUGUCACUCGUAUCUUUAUCGUGCGUGAGUUUCGAGCAGCGAUCCAAGCCUUUGGAUUAGUCAACAGAGUAGUCACUACACUGAAACAAAGGGUCUGCUACGUUAGCAAACAGACAUCACUUAUGUACAUAAACAGUAAGGACAACAGCAUCUGUGCAACUAUAAUUCAGGUGUUUCUCUUACAUUCUCAGGCUGAGUCUAAACAUGUUCUAGGUGUGUGUGAACGAGCGUUUUCACGUGUUUGUGUCAGAGUAAAUAUGUAAACGGCUGUUUUUAUCAGUGAGGUGACAUUUCAUAGCCAUGUUUUUAUUCUCGUCACUACAGCGCUAACAUCAGUCGUCUUUCAGCUGUGCAGUUAAUUACGGUUGCGUUAUUGUGAUACUACAUUGGUUAGAUUACAAACUGUUGUAUUUAGAAAAUAUAUAAUUGAGGGGGGAACAGAAAAUGAAAUGCAAAAAAAAAAUUAGUGUUGUUGCUUUAUAGUCAUUUGUGGCUUUGUGUUUAAAAAAGAUCAUUCAGAGGAUGAGUUAGAAAGGCUGUUUUAAAAGUGGGAUGUAUUCCUUCACUUUUCUGUCUAGUUGUAGAAGAUGAAAAGGUGAAAGGCAGGUGGAAGGUUUGUUUGCAGGUGAAAGGUUGGAUGUUACUAAGGAUAAGGACUAGAAGUUUGUUCUGUACAAAGAACGCGGCAUCUUAUCGGCUGUGGAGCGAUUGUAAACGUCAAACUCUGUGUCUACCUCUUCUGUGUCCACGUCUCUGAG